AAAUUAAGAUCAAACCCCCCAUCAUGAAAUAGUGAAUCACAUAGUAAACAUCCAAUGAAAGAUCUGUCUUUCUUUCUCCUCAAAAACUCUCUAGGAUCCAAGAUGAAGAAGGGAAUCAGAACUAAUUUUUGCACCGAUGAAGGCGCAACCUCCACUCUCAACCAACAGCACAAUAACAAGGCUGACCAUGAAGAUUUCUCCAACAUGGUCAGCCCAUCAUUUGUGACGGCUAAUGCUAGGUCAUCAGGACAAAGUCCAACAUUGGAAGAGAUGUUAAUGCAGUUGGAAUUAGAAGAAGAGAUUGCCAGAAAAUCGAAACUGAACGAGUGUAAUGUGGGAAUAUUGCGCGGUAGGAUGUCAUGUGUGAACAACUCUGACAUCUUGAGGUCUGCUAGGAAUGCAUUGAAUCAGUACCCUCGUUUUUCUCUUGAUGGAAAAGAUGCAAUGUAUCGGUCUUCGUUCAAGAAACUGAAUGGUAUCGAAAAGCCGGGAAGAAGAUCAUCAUCAAACUGCUGUGAUUUCAAUUCUUCCAAGUGGUCUUUGCCUACAACUUUAGCAGGAGAAAGAGUUGUGUGGUGCAAACCUGGAGUGGUGGCUAAGUUGAUGGGUCUAGAGGCCAUGCCAGUGCCAAUAUUAAUGAGUGGCAAAGAUGGUAACAAAGAUAAGUUGAAGUCUAUUAUAAAGAGGCAAAAUCUCAGGAGGAGGAGUAGUGUGGAGAGGCAUGAAGACAUGGAGAUAAGAAGAAUGGCUAUGGAUAUGAAAGGCAGUGAUGGAAUUAGGAGAUCAGGGAGGGUAGGUUCUUGUUCAAGUAGUGGAUACUGUGUGGUGAAGCCGAUUCCAGUGGAGCCAUUGCCAAGAAGAACAGUUGCAGGUGCAGCAGCAGCAUGGCCAACCAGGCACUUUGUUUAAUUAAGUUCUCAGUACUUUUCAUCGGAAUCUCAGAUUUGGAGCUAAUUAACAUUGUUGAUCAUGGGUGCCAAGAGUUGUUGACAACCAGAUCAUUGUCCCAGAGUGUAGCUUUAAGCGUUCAAGUAUUUAGAUAUGCAACAUCAUCACAUUGAAACAAUCACUUUUUUAGUUUGUAGUUUUGUACACGUUUUAAUAGCAUUUUUUUUCUUAGGACAAUCUCUCUUUAUAUAUUAGGUGUAUUCUUGUACCAAGAUUGUAAGGAUAAUGUUAAAAAUAUUAUCAAUUUUAUUUAAAGAAGUUUACAUAUGAUAA